GGGGGGGGGGGAGCUGAGUGCAGUCCAGCCUCUGCGCUGUGGAGCGGCAGCCAGUUAGUCCGACAGUGAAGGACACGGAGACACCAGAGCCUUCCCAGCAGCCGGCGCACACCAGAGCAUAAUUAACUGGAAUAAAGACGCAGAAGAAGAACAGCCGUGUUUCUGCUGUGUUACUGGAUAAACAGGCAAACAGCAGCAGGAGGCACAGCUGAGGAAGCAAGGGAGGAAGGAAGAGGAGGUGUUGGAGGUCCGUGUGUUCGUUUGUCACCUCACACACUCAGCCUGAGGAGAGCUGACGGUGUCAUUGCGACAGGGAGCUCAGUGUGUGUGUGUGUGUGUGUGUGUGUGUGUGUGAGGCUGGAGUAAAGCUUCGCUCUCUGGUCACGAGGAGUUGCUGCUGUUGUGUCUGUUGCUCCUUUUUCUUCUUACUGAGACGUCUGUGCUGCACGGGCGGGCGAGCGACUACCGCCGUACAUCGUCCCCUCGCUCCCUCUCUCCGUCUUUUCCUCCCUCCUGCCUCUCCAGCCUUCAGCCGGCUUCUUUGCCGUAACUGUGCCGGGACUACGACUGUCUGCAGCCUCGCUCACCCACAGAGUGGAGAGACAGCUGGAUAUCAUCAGAAUCUCCUCGACCUCAUCGAAUUCAUCGUUACGAAGAAAGCCGCAGGCCUGAGCCUUCCGGGCGACUUUACUGACCUGCCCGCUAAUCAGCAGCCCCCGCCGGAGGCCUGCCGACCCUCUGCCAAUCAAAGACUCCGAUCCUGCUGCUGCUCUGAGGAGACCAAAGACAGAAGACGACUGAUCUGGAUGCACUUUGUUUCUGUCAUUUCCUGUUUCCACACUGACGCCAAUCUGCAGCCCAGACACGGUGGAUGUAAAAAAAAACCCGCUGCUCUUUUCUCAACACAAUUCUUCGCGAUGUCACCUCGCAGGAGGUGACGUGUGGCUCCUCCUAACAUGUAGCCAGGACGACCUGAAGAGCCCUCCCGCAAACUUUCCUUCAAACAGGCCAAUCGCUGCCGGAUGAGCGAACGCGCACUCCCAGAACUACCACAAAACACAAGCAAAGAGCGAGGGUUCAUAGAGUGCUACCGGCUUAUUAUCAGCCACGGCACUUCCUAUUUUCAUCUUUAAUCUUUGUAUUCUGAGUAAUCAUCUUUUUAAUUAAUGGCGAUGGCGGCAUGAAAUCUUCCCCGCCGCCCUCCUCCCCGCUCUCCUUUUCUGCCGGUGCCACCUGAAACCAAUUAGCAACAGCAGAUCUAGAUGGGGAUUAGACACGGGAGGAGCAGCCGCGAUUAGACACAAACACAACGACAGAAGAAGAGAGCCUGAGAACAAAGCCGGAGCCAGACGGAGGCGGAGUUAGGGAGGAGCCCGCCGUCCAUUUUGGGUAAUCGAUAGAAGGGAGGAGUAGAUAUGGAUACGGCCGGAUGGGGGAGGCAACAGCCAGGUGUGAGUCAGCAGGUAGAGUCGAUUGUCAGUGCCCAGAGUCUUGACUGACAGGCACUCCGGCUGCCCGGGACUCUUUGUCAUUCCCUGCACAGAGCGGGAGAGCACGAGGAGAGACUCCUGGCUCGUCUCCACAAUCAGGGCCAAUUAAGAGAAUUUGAUUAUAUGCCUUAAUCUUGGCAGUCAGGUGGAAAAAGCAGACAGAAAGAGAAAGAGGAGGCAGAGCAGGUGCCACCGAUACACACCAUUAUCUCUGUCCAUCUCUAAUUGAGUUUGUUGCUGCCCUCGCCGGGUGCUCGCCUCAUCUCCUCUACAAACGAAAUCUGUCUUCAAGCGUUUUUCUCAAGAGAAAAACUGGAAAGAGAACAGAGAAAUAAAGGCAAGGCCCUCUGUUUCCUGCCUUAAAUGCUCUUUCUUUACCUUCCCCAAACACGUUUCACUUGGAUCUCCCUUCAGAGACAUCCCCCUCUCCCUCACCUUUUCCAAGCGCCUUUUCAUCCCACCUUCCAGACUCACAGUCCCAGUAUGGACGUCCAGUCUCCCUGCAGUUUUCACAAUCUCCAUAUCAAGAGUGAGAUAAAAGUAUUAUAGAGGAGAGGGCAGAAAGCAGUGAGAGGCUGAAUCUGCAGAGGACGGAGUACAGACUUUAUUUCCUCCCAUCAACCAUCCCCAAAGCUUCACUUCCUCUUCUUAAACUCCCUCUUCUCCCCUGGAGCUUUUCCCAGCUGUCCUCUGUGGAUCGUACUCUCUGCAGUGAGCGUCCGUCCCAGACUUUUCCCAGAUUUAACCGACCUCCGUCAUCCAAAGCAGUCCUUUGAUAUCGGCUCCUUGUGUCGUCAUCUUCAUUCUGUGGCGGUACAGGCAGCCCGCAGACCAUUCUCCAUGAGGAGCGGUGGAAGAUGCCGGCUCUGCCAGCACUGCUGCUGUCGAUUUACGCCAUCGCCUCGCUGCUGACCAUGGCGCCGCUCUCCUUCAGCCAGGCCAACACCCUCUCUGCCCUUCGCAUGGCGGCCAUUUUGGAUGACCAGUCUGUGUGUGGUCGCGGUGAACGUCUGGCGCUGGCUCUGGCGAGGGAGAAUAUCAACAGUCUGAUGGAGGGCUCCUCCCAGGCGAGGGUGGAGGUGGAUGUCUAUGAGCUGCAGAAGGACUCCCAGUACGACACCACCGACACCAUGUGUCAGAUCCUGCCGAAGGGUGUGGUCUCUGUGAUUGGCCCCGCCUCCAGCCCCGCCUCUGGGUCCACCAUCAGUCACAUCUGUGGGGAGAAGGAGAUCCCUCACGUGAAGAUCGGUCCUGAGGAAACGCCCAAGCUGCCGUAUCUCCGUUUCGCCUCGGUGACGCUCUACCCGAGUAACGAGGACCUGAGCCUGGCUAUCGGCUCCAUCCUGCACUCCUUCGGCUACCCGACAGCCAGCCUGAUCUGUGCCAAAGCAGAGUGUCUGCUACGAUUGGAGGAGCUGGUCCGGCGCUUCCUCAUCUCCAGGGAGACGCUGUCGGUGCGCAUGCUGGACGACAGCCUGGACCCCACCCCCCUGCUGAAGGAGAUACGCGAUGACAAAGUGGCCACAAUCAUCAUUGACGCCAACGCCUCCAUCUCGUACCACAUCCUCAGGAAGGCUAACGAGUUGGGGAUGACGUCGGCCUUCUACAAGUACAUCCUCACCACCAUGGAUUUCCCACUCCUGCGACUUGACGAUGUGGUGGACGAUCAGUCAAACAUCGUGGGCUUCUCCAUGCUGAACAUCAGCCAUCCUUUCUACCUGGAGUUCAUCAGGAGCCUCAACCUGUCCUGGAGGGAGGGCUGCGACGUCAGCCCAUACCCAGGACCCGCGCUGUCGUCAGCAUUGAUGUUCGACGCCGUUCACGUGGUGGUGAGCGCCGUGCGAGAGUUGAACCGCAGUCAGGAGAUCGGCGUGAAGCCGCUGAGCUGCACCUCCCCGCUCAUCUGGCAGCACGGCACCAGCCUCAUGAACUACCUGCGCAUGGUGGAGUACGAUGGUCUGACGGGUCACAUCGAGUUCAACAGCAAAGGCCAGAGGACCAAUUACACCCUGAAGAUCCUGGAGAAACACCCUGCAGGCCAUAAAGAGAUUGGCAUUUGGUACUCCAACAACACGCUGGCCAUGAACUCCACCUCCCUGGACCUCAACGCAUCAGAGACGCUGGCCAACAAGUCUCUCAUCGUCACUACAAUACUGGAAAACCCUUACGUGAUGCGCAAGUCCAACUACCAGGAGUACCAGGGCAACGAUCAGUACGAGGGCUUCUGCGUGGACAUGCUGCGGGAGCUGGCGGACAUCCUGAAGUUCUCCUUUAAGAUUAAGCUGGUGGACGACGGGCUGUACGGAGCGCCAGAGCCCAACGGCAGCUGGACCGGCAUGGUGGGGGAGCUCAUCAACAGGAAAGCGGACCUGGCGGUGGCCGGCUUCACCAUCACGUCGGAGAGAGAGAAGGUGAUCGAUUUCUCCAAACCCUUCAUGACUCUGGGCAUCAGCAUCCUGUACCGGGUUCAUCUGGGUCGUAAGCCGGGCUACUUCUCCUUCCUGGACCCGUUCUCUCCGGCUGUCUGGCUCUUCAUGCUUUUGGCUUACCUCGCCGUCAGCUGCGUCCUCUUCCUCGCAGCCAGGCUCAGUCCCUAUGAAUGGUACAACCCUCACCCGUGUUUGCGGGAGCGGCGGGACAUCCUGGAGAACCAGUACACGCUGGGGAACAGCCUGUGGUUCCCGGUGGGCGGCUUCAUGCAGCAGGGCUCCGAGAUCAUGCCGCGGGCGCUGUCCACGCGCUGCGUCAGCGGAGUCUGGUGGGCUUUCACCCUCAUCAUCAUCUCGUCCUACACGGCCAACCUGGCAGCAUUUCUCACAGUCCAGAGGAUGGAGGUGCCCAUCGAGUCUCCGGAUGAUCUGGCGGACCAGACCAACAUCCAGUACGGCACCAUCCACGGAGGCUCCACCAUGACCUUCUUCAUGAACUCACGGUACCAGACGUACCAGCGGAUGUGGAACUACAUGUACUCCAAGCAGCCCAGCGUGUUCGUGAAGAGCACAGAAGAGGGCAUCGCCCGCGUCCUCAACUCCAAGUAUGCCUUUUUGAUGGAGAGCACCAUGAACGAGUACUACCGCAGCCUCAACUGCAACCUCACGCAGAUUGGAGGACUGCUGGACACCAAAGGAUACGGCAUCGGCAUGCCUCUGGGCUCUCCGUACAGAGACGAGAUCACUCUGGGAAUCCUGCAGCUGCAGGAGAGCAACAGGCUGGAGAUCCUGAAGAGACGCUGGUGGGAGGGAGGACAGUGCCCCAAAGAGGAGGAUCACAGGGCCAAAGGGCUCGGCAUGGAGAACAUCGGCGGGAUCUUCGUUGUUCUGAUUUGCGGCCUCAUCAUCGCCGUCUUCGUGGCCAUCAUGGAGUUUGUGUGGUCGACACGCCGCACCGCCGAGACAGACGAGGUUUCUGUCUGUCAGGAGAUGCUGACGGAGUUCCGGAAUGCCGUAUCCUGUAAGAAGAAUUCCAGAUCCCGUCGCCGCCGGCCCCUGACCAGCACUGGGGGCGGAGUCCUACGUCACCCGUCCCGCCUGGCUCUGGCCGGUCCCCGCCCCAUCCGUCUGAUUCGUGAGAUGCGUCUCAGCAACGGGAAGCUGUACAGUGGCGCCGGCCCAAUGACGGGCGGGUUGGCAGGGGUCGGGGAGGGAUGGGAGGAUGCCCCGAUCUGGGCCCGGGGCCACAGAGGCUCCUGGAGGACACGCUGGGCACCAACACCUCUACCGCUACCCCCCUCCUGCGUCUGCCCUGGUGGCUCCGCCCGCCCCCCGCGCAGCUUCCUGCAGGCCUGCAGUCACGUACGCAUCUGCCAGGAGUGCCGGCGGAUCCAGAGCCUGCGACCGGCCACGCUUACCCCACCCCCACCCCCUCCACCCUCCUCGUCCUCCUCUGCCUCCUCCUGCUCCCGGGUCCCGCCCUCAGUGGCGAUGACAGGCCUUCACCCCCGGCACAGCGCCCAUCAUCAUCUCCAUUAUCACCACGGCUCCAUGUCGCUGCCCCGCCUUCCGCCGCCCCUCCCCCGAUGCCGACGGACAGAGCUGACAGCGACGGGGGAGUGGCGAGCCCGCAGCGGUCUAAAAACAAACCUGUGCCCCCGCCCCGGCCACUGCCCCCCACCAAGACCCCGACACACCCACCGACAGACUUACUCAGCGGGCACGACUGAGCCUAAGGAUGCUGUCUGUGGGGUCAAAGGUCACAAACUACUCAUUGACCCCAAAGCUGUCUUGGUCUAAACUGGCCCUUCAGCAGGGGUCGAUGGAGGAAACCAUUCUGACCCCUUUGUGGGGGUCAUCCAGUAAAACAACGACACGUCAGUGGAGUGUACCAAACCUUUACGGGGGGGGCGGAUUGACCCGCUCUGAGGAUGAAGGACUACUCGCGGACUCUUUACCUUUUGGAUUAAACCAGAUUAUCUGUCACACGGCAGACAAACAGGAAGUGACUCUCUGAGGCCGACGCACCCUCAGCCAAUCAUCUCGCUCCAAGCCGAGCAACAAGGACUCCGACUGAGGUUUGAUACUGAUCCAGGCGUUUUGUAUAGACAAAACGCUACAGACACACACACAGACACACACACUCACACACACAAAGUGGAGAAGAAAAACUAAGUUUGUGGUUGUAUUUUCUGUCCUGUUGUCCAAUCAGAGGAGCCUUUCCUCCUCCUCGUCCCGAUCCUGAAGCUGAUGUCACAGCGAUCUGAUCGCCGAGUUGUCUCAUUUCUAAAGGUCACCUGUCAGCUGCCGGCGGCGCUGAGCUCCAUCACCGAAUAAUUUGGACCUGCUGUACAAAAAAAACAACCUGCUGACUUUUUCCCUUUUUCACUAUGAAAUGAACGAACAGCAGUUUGUUUAUGUGUUUGUUUUACAGUUGUUACACACAUCUGUAUUUGUAAUCAUUUUAUCAUUUAAUAAUCUUAUUUGUAUUUUAUAUUUUUUUCACUUUUGCCUUUUUAUAUUUAUAUUUUAUUUUAUUUUUUGUUAUUAUUUUUUUCCUUUUUAUAAAAAAGAUAAUUUAAAGUAACAAUUACAAAAUAUAUAAUUAUAGUUUGUUGACAUGCAGGAAGUGAAGCAGCAGCGGAGGACAAAACGCGCGUGUGUGUGUGUGUGUGUGUGUGUGUGUGUGCGUGUGUGUGCGUGUGUGUGUGUGUGUGUGUGCGCGUGUGUGUGUGCGCGCCUGUGUGUGUGUGUUUCCUGAUGUUUUCAGUUUUCCCCUCAGAUCAGCAGGACACAGAGGACAGAUGGAUGUUAUUGAUUCUCUUGUUAUCAUUAUUAUUAUUAUUGAUAUCGACUUGUGGGGUGACUGUAGGAGGGGUGCUGCCCUCUGAUGUUCAAUAUAUAGACUCAUGUUUGGAAUAAAUAAAUAAAAAACUGAAA